AUGCAAACCUGCCCAGCAUGUAGGCACGAUGGCCUUACUUUCACCGGCCUUAGCCAGCAUUUGGCCAAGAGUCAAGACCCCCGCUGUCAAGUGCUCUAUCGCUCACAUCAACCAGUCAACCACACAUCCGCUGAAGACCACCAUAUGGAAGCCGAGGAAGAACCGGUUGAACCACCCAUCUUUGAAGGUGACGACUUCGAGGGUGAGAACUAUGGUGAUGGUGAAGUAGACUAUGAGAUGGAGUGGCGUGAUGACGUAUCUGAGUCUGAGUAUGCUGAUAGCGACUCAGAUGAUGGCAUAUCCAUGGAACCAGAGUGGGAGCCUCCUGUCCCUGAUCCUGUGGGAGACCAGCUGCAGGUCCAGGAAGAUGAAGUUGCGGAAGAAGAUCCUGGCCGUGAUGAUCGCAUGCAAGUUCAAGAUGCCAAUGACGAUGCCACCAACACGAGAUAUGGAGUGUGUUUCGAUGAUGGAAACAACCCGUAUUUUCCUUUCUGCUCCCAGAUUGACUGGGAGAUUGCAAGAUGGUCGAAACUGCGCGGACCCAGUUCUACGUCAUUUACUGACUUGCUAGCAAUCAACGGAGUUAGGGAGUCUUUGGGGCUCUCCUUUAAAAAUGCGAAGGAGCUGAACGAAUUGCCAACCAGAUGCCCGAAAUUCAGGCAUGAACAGGUUAUUGUUGCUGGCGAGGCUUUUGAUGUGUACUACUGUGAUGUUAUCGAGUGCAUUAAGGCACUCUACGGUGAUCCCGAUUUUGCGGAUUAUCUCGCAUUCACUCCAGAGCGGCAUUAUGCCGACGAAGAUCAGACCACACGCUUGUUCCACGACAUGCAUACAGGGAAGUGGUGGUAG